AUGGCCAGUCCACCCCUGCCCAGGCCUAUACAGUAUACAAAGAAUAACUUCAGUAUGAGUCUCAUCUCCGGUCUGAUCUACGAGGAGACCCGCGGCGUGUUGAAGGUUUUCCUGGAGAACGUGAUCCGCGAUGCUGUCACCUACACCGAGCACGCCAAGAGGAAGACCGUGACCGCCAUGGACGUGGUGUAUGCUCUGAAGAGACAGGCCCGCGAAUGCCCCCCCAUAGUGCCGACACUGGUGGCGAAGCCUAUACGAUAUAGAACCAAGCAGACCGCUCGUAAAUCCACCGGAGGCAAAGCCCCCAGGAAGCAGCUGGCCACUAAGGCUGCACGUAAGAGCGCCCCGGCCACCGGCGGCGUGAAGAAGCCUCACCGUUACAGGCCCGGUACCGUGGCUCUGAGAGAGAUCCGUCGCUACCAGAAAUCCACGGAGCUGCUGAUCCGCAAGCUGCCCUUCCAGCGCCUGGUGAGAGAAAUCGCUCAGGAUUUCAAGACCGACCUGCGCUUCCAGAGCUCCGCUGUCAUGGCUCUGCAGGAGGCCAGCGAGGCUUACCUGGUCGGCCUGUUCGAGGACACCAACCUGUGCGCCAUCCACGCCAAGAGGGUUACCAUCAUGCCCAAGGACAUCCAGCUGGCCCGCCGCAUCCGCGGAGAGAGAGCAUAAACUGCUGCUGCUCCACUGACGAUAACAACGGCUCUUUUAAGAGCCACUUCACUGCCCUCAAGACAAAAGUCCUCCGUUGCCCUGCUUGUUAAAGACAGUUAAUACAUAUAACUAACUCAAGAAUUGACUGCAGAUCCUAAAGUACAUAUUAAU